AUGGAGAUCGAAUCGAAGCUACUUUCUUUACUGGAUGCUCUUGUUCCGGCCACAGCACCUGAAGAUACGGCACAACGUCUAACGAUUGAGGCCAUGGCUCUUUUAAAGUCGUCAAAUGUUAGCUCUGAUCAAGUGAUGAGAAUAGUGCGAAGUAAUGAAACGAAAACUGAUUUGAGUGCACAGAACAACGUACAGUGGCGAAAAGUAGAAGCGAUUUUACAGAUGGCAGCCGGUUUGCAAGACAUGCAAGAAAUGUCACAAUACUUAACGUUUAUGGAAAACAUGAUGAUGCGUUCACCUGUACCGAAAAGAGCAAAUAUCUAUGGCUACCCGCUGAACCGACAAUUGCUGGAAACGCACGAUGGGUUUUUGGGCUCACCCCAACCUUUAGGCUCUUAUGCCGAGUCUUUCGAAAACAUAGAUAAAUUGUCGGAUCGUAGAUCUAUGAUUUCAUCCGCGUUGCAUCAAGACGAUUCCAGAGCUCAAAAUGAGGUGACUUUGUCUUCUUUGUCUUCCGCAUUUUUCAGCACCAUAGUAAAUGAAGCCGAGAUACUAAGGUAUCUUCCCUAUACGCUUCUGGGCACUACGUCAACUCUUUUUCUUAUGGAAAACGGCAAGAUUUCGAUACCAAGCAACAUUCCAAAUGGUGAGAGUGGGAUUUUACAUCUAAUAUUUGAGGGAGCUUUACUGUAUCAGUCUCUUCGUGACAGCCUUGAAAAAUACAAGAAAACUGAGCAGCUCUCUCCCCUCAAAGUGUCAUUUUUAAGCCAUAUCGCAGAAGAAUUGAGCAAUUACAUGGCUUUCGUAAAUCAGACUUUCAAUAGGUUGCGAAAUGGCACCCUUAAAGCUUUUUAUAUCGAGUUCAUCGAUUAUAUUUGCGAAUUUCGAAUUUAUCACAAACUGACGCGAAACCUGGACGGUGUAUGCGGGGCUGAUCUACUCUCAGAACUGUACAUACUGACUAGCCAUGGCGAUCAAUUUGUAAGUCUUUUGGCCAAAAAACUUUUCGAUAAGCUUGGUGCCCUUUAUUUUGAAUACCUUGUUAGCUGGCUAACAAAGGGUCAAUUGAGUUGCCAUUCGGAGUUCUUCGUUCAAAAGAAUCCUGAUGAUAGCUUGAUGGGAUUGCCUUACCAAUUGGUCAAUGAAAAAGUGCCGACCUUCAUUCCUUCAACAAUUUCAAAGGAGGUUUACAUGAUAGGCAAAACAUUUGUCUUUCUCGAGAAAUUUUGUGGGGAAAUACAUUGGAUUAAUAGCCUAUCAACAGAGUAUCAUCAGAAAUACCGCAAGUUAAACAAUUUCGCUGUGAAUGAGGAUUUGUUUGAACUGAUACAUUCCCAGCAUGCAAAGAUCAAUCACUUUUGCAGAAGCAUUUUAGAAAAGAAGUUCUUUUUACGGGAAAUCCUGAGCAUUUUAAAAGAUGUUUUGUUGAUGGGUAGAGGCGAUUUCAUCGAAGUCAUGAUGCAGGGAUGUUCCUCCUCAUUCGAUCAACCCUCUAAUAUGUUACCAAGUUACCGUCUGACGAGAUGUCUGCAAGACUCAAUAAGACAAUCGUCUCUACGAAAUUUACUUGACAAAAGUGAUCAGAAUCGCAUAAUCAAUGGUAUCGACGCUCGGGUGCUUGAGCUGGGUCAUGGUUCCAUAGGGUGGGAUGUAUUUACUUUGGAUUAUGUCAUAGGAAAUCCCCUAUCUUUAGUGCUGAAUGUGGACGACAAUGACGGCAGGAAACAAUAUCUUAGAAUGUUCAAUUUUUUAUGGAGAAUCAAGAGGAACAAUUAUGUUUUCCAGCGAGAAUGGAAGCGAAAAAAUGCUCUGGUUCGAGACUUCAAAAAGCUCAAAAGAAGUGGGUUUCUCGUAAGAGAUAUAAUAGCCAAGUUGAACAAGGUUGAUAUUUUAAGGAACCAAUUUUUGCAUUUCUUGAGAAAAAUCGAGUUUCAUUGCCUUCAAAACAUUGUGCAAAAGGGGUUCGUGAAGUUGCAAAGUAGUUUAACGUCUUUGGAAGAGAAUUCCGAAGAAGGGCCUCGAUUUACCUUCACAAAAACUUCUUUGAAAGUUGUUGAUGGUAUAUUGGAACCUAAACAAGCAUAUUUGUCACAGCUUGCUCGUUUCGUCACGCCAAGCCAGACGCAAGUGCGCUACAACAUAGAUGAUCUGCGAUCUAUUCACAAUAGCUAUAUCCAAGGCAUCGUUUCCGAUCCGAUGCUCAGCUCCACAAAUCCGGACAAAGAAUUGGGCCCUUACUCUCGUCAGCGCUAUUCAACGACGCUUAUAAUACUUUUGGGAGAAAUGUCUCAGUUCAUCGAGCGUUAUACACAGUUGAAUGAUGUCAUAUAUGACAUUCUGAUUCAACUCAAUUUGCAUGGAGGCAGCGACGCUCACCCUUUGUUGGGAAUUUUCAAUGACACUUUGAAAAACGUUGUCUCUCGUUUCAAACUUGUUCAAAGUCAGUGUUUCGUUUUCAUUAAAGACGUUAAAGCAGAUGGGAAUCCGGAUUUGCGGAAUCUGAGCAAGAUUCUACGAUGA